UACUGUCACAAUUUUGACAAACGAAGUCGUGAACAAAAUUUGCGUUUUGCUUGUUGCAAAAAAAAUCGUAAUUGUAAUUUAUUUUUCAUAACUGCUAUGCUAUAAUUAGUCAUAAUUGCUCAUAUAGAUAUAAAAACAAUGAUUACGCUUAAUAGAAAAUUGAAGAAGGAGCAUACGGAGCCCACGAAUGGGUUGACUACUGCAGAAUCAAUUGUAAGAAGGAUAUCAGUGAGGGACAAACUGUUAAUAAAAGAAGUUCAGGAGAUGAACGAGAACCUUCCGGCUACGUGUAGUGUACAUUUCGAAGACCCUAACGUGUUGAGUGAGUUCAUAUUGACUGUAGCGCCCGAUGAGGGUUACUGGCAGGGAGGCAAGUUCAAAUUCACUGUUAUUGUUACUGAAGACUAUAAUAUGGCUCCACCAAGAGUAAAAUGUCAAACGCGUCUUUGGCAUCCUAACAUAAAUGUAGACGGUGAUGUCUGUCUAUCGCUACUCAGACAAACAUCUAUAGAUGAACACGGCUGGGCUCCUACUCGGAGAUUAAAGGAUGUGGUGUGGGGACUUAAUGCAUUAUUUACUGAUCUCUUAAAUUUCGAAGACCCAUUAAACAUUGAAGCAGCGGAAAUGUACAACAAGAACAAGACGGAAUUCCAAACUAAGGUUCAAGACUACAUAACUAAAGGGAAAAGAUGAAAGUUACAUAAACGCCGUCACAAUGUCUCUAGAGAACAUAGAUGAAUGCAACACUUGUCACGGGGAAACUGAGCAUGGGACAGCUACAAACUAAAUUAGCUUGCUUAUAAGUGCUUCCACUAUAAAGUUAGAGGUAUAUCAAUAAAUAUUUUAUUAAAAAACGUAUUGAACAUAUAAUGCACAUAUUUAUAUAAAUUCAGCAAUGUAAGCUGUUUGUUUUAAAUUUUCUAUUCGUAGUUGCCAAUAGAACUCUUAAAGUUUCCAUAUACUCUAAGAUGAACUAUUCAUUAUUAUUAGUAACACCAAGCAAGCAAUAAUUAGUGUUCAGAUAGUAUAUUAGAUUAUCACAAAUUAUUGAAGUUAAAGGAAUUUUCUAAAGUAUUUUUGUCAUAGUUAUAGUCUAGUUAAAUUUUAUAAUGUAUGACCAUAAUAUGAUAUAUUUACAAUAUUACAUUAUUAUAAUGAUAUAAAAUCAGCUAUUUGACCUGUGUUAGUGUUUUGUGUGUGUGUGUAUCUGUGUGUUGGUGUCUAUGUGGGUGUCGGUAUGUGUGAUGUGUGGGUGCGUGUUCUGUUUCAAUAUGUUAUAAAUUCCAUUAUCCAUUUUAGCACACAUCCACACAAUUUGGGAAUGUCCUUUUCUUGUUCGUCUUUUGUUGUAUUGAAGUACGAAAAAAUGUGGCACAUACUGGUUUAAAAUUCUAAUUUAAAAUGUCAUAAACAAUGUAAUCAAUUCUAAUUAAUUAUAAUGCAAGUGUCAAACAGACGGGCUGCCUUGAAAUGUGAGUAAAAAUGGUUUUAAUACACAUAAAUAUUGAAUGUAUCAUAAUUAUAAAGAUAUAAUUUUAUAUCCUCCCAUGCUGAGUUCCCCGAUUAUUGACAAUUGUUAAAUACUCUGAAACAGUGAUAAUAGUAUAUUAUGUUUUGGAAACUGGUGUAUUUUUUUACACGAUCGCCAAAUAUUCUUGACACUUUAUCUCUGAGGUGUACUACAUGUUUUUAUAAUCCCUGUGCUACAAAAAAAGCAGUAAGAAUCAGACGUCUUUUUCCUUGCAAAGAAUUUCUUGUGAUAAUAUUUCUUGCCAACACAGUGCCAGCAAGAAUUUAAUUUUUCAUUGUUUUCUAUCUAGUUACAAAUGUGAUAUUAACUGUCCUCUGAAUACUCAGAUGAAUAUGAGUCAUGUUAGAUAUUUUUAUAAUUAAUUGACCUUUGUAUUUUAGUAUUACAUCAUUUACGUAAUUAGAUGCUUCCUUUUGAGUAAUAUUUUUUUGCACACAGGAAAAAAGGCCUUCUUCUUAGUACUGGUGUCUAGAUCUAGGUUAGAACUUGACCCAGACUUGACCUUAAGACGCCAAUGGCAGUUAGUCAAGGUGUCGCGUGCAACCGGUGAUUAUAAUUAUUAGUGACGUCGAACUUUUUUUUUCUAAUUAUUCCCUGCGGUCUUACCUAAAAACACGCACGAGGAAAGUUGCCAAUUACUCCCUUUAUAAGUACUAACGCAAAUCAACGACAAUCCGUUGCGUUUAAUCAAGUCUUCCUAUAUUUUCUGACAUUUAUUUCUAGUGCCACGAGAAAAAAAUACACCAGUUUAACUGACUUAAAAGUAUAAGGUCCUUUUAAAAUAACUGCAAUUGUUGUUGUUGUUUGAAGAAUCACUAGCUAAUAAUGUUUAUAUGGCAAA